AUGAAGAACGGCGAGUCAACCACCAUUGACAUUGCAGAGACAAGCAGAAAAGGCCCCGUUUUGGCAGCUCCAAAAGGAGGAAAUAAGAAAGGCCUUGCAAUAUUCGACUUCGUUCUGCGGCUCGGUGCCAUCGCAGCUACUCUAGCUGCAAGUGUCACCAUGGGAACUAGUGAUCAGACUCUACCUUUUUUCACCCAGUUCUUUCAGUUCUCAGCCGGUUACGACGAUCUACCCACUUUUCAGUUCUUUGUAAUUGCAAAUGCAAUAGUUUGCAGCUACCUUGUACUCUCCCUACCAUUCUCUAUACUGUGCAUAGUUCGCCCACAUGCAGUAGGACCAAGGCUCCUUCUAAUCAUAUGUGACAUCGUGAUUACUGGUCUGAUCACAGCCGCAGCUUCUUCAGCUACAGCCAUAGUGUACUUGGCUCACACUGGAAGUCCAAGCGCAAAUUGGAAUCCAAUCUGUCAGCAGUUCACUGAUUUCUGCCAGAGCGUUAGUGGAGCAGUGGUUGGAUCGUUCAUGGCAGUGGCGGCGUUUAUGUUUCUGCUUUUAUUCUCUGCGUUGGCUCUUCGAAACCAUUAAUUAAGAAGAUUGAAGUACUGUACUGUUUCGAUUUGAUUUUACAUUGUUCGGUGUUUUUCCGAUUUGAGUGCAAU